UAUUAUUUGGUCAUUUAGAAUGUCCUACUGGGUGGUUUGGAAAAUCAUGCCAACAACAGUGUGAAUGUUCUGGAACAACAUUAUGUCAUCCUGCUACAGGUGCUUGUAGCUGCUCUGCCGGCCAAUAUGGGCUCAAGUGUGAAAAAGUAUGCAUGCAAGGAUUUUACGGACAUGGUUGCCAAGAAUCAUGUCGCUGUGGAAGUCAUCCAUGCGAUCCAACAACUGGGGUAUGCCUUUGCCCUCCAGGAUUCACUGGAUCUUUCUGUAAUGAAGUUUGUCCCAGUGGCAAAUAUGGACCUGGGUGUCGCCAGCGUUGCAAGUGCCAACACGGAGGGACAUGUGAUCCGAUAACUGGCAAAUGCACUUGUACAUCAGGAUGGAUUGGAUCGACUUGCAGUAUUGAAAACAGAUCAUUGUUUGGACCUUAUGAUGAAGAUAUUAUCAUUGGCAUCAGUUAAUCCGAUGAGCUUAAAAAAUAUAUUCUAAAGAACUUUAUCAAGAAGUCAUUACACAAAUCAUUUAAAUGAGCAUUUUUUGAAUCAAGUGCCAAGAAUGUUUAAUGAAACUCAGGACUGUGAAAUUUACCAAAAAAAUGAAGACACAAUACAAAGAAGAUUAUCAUUUAUAGGGAGCAAUUGAAAAUUGCUGUGGCUUAAGAACUUAAAAGCUAGUGUUGAUAUUUAAAUAUUGAUAAACUAUAAAAGUGAACUAUUUUCUCAGCCAUAAAAUUCUACUUUGCAUGGUUUUGGUAUUGAAAAUGUGCCAUUUAGAAUGUUUUACUGUCAUGUGUUUCAAAUAUUUUGUUGUGAAUUAAUUUAUAUUUUUGCUUAAGUGUACAUAGAUUGUCAUUAGGUGAUAAAAUGAAUGUUUUGUUCUA